UUGUGAUGGACGCGAACGCAGUAGCCAUCAAGUCAAGUUGAUAAAUUCUAUUCCAAAAAUUCUUGAGGGGGAUAAAUUGUGAAUGGAAAUUUUAGUAAUAUCUAACCUGAGUGAAGUUACAAUUUGUUUAAUUUAAGUAAGACAAGUUAACGCAAAAAAUGUAUUUGUCAGCUAGAAAUCGUUUGAAGUAAGUGUUUGAUGGACGUAGGUUAUUUUGUGGUUUAAAAAGAAACAUUAUAAAUUCUUUUACUCUAAAUAAUCAAAUAUGGAAUCUGUUGAAGAGACGCUUGUUCACAGCCCUUCAGUGGAAGGUGCUAAAUCUAAACCAAAUGAUGAAACAUCCGAUUCGAAAACAGACCCAGAAGUAUGUCAAAAAUCAAAUGGCCUUUCCGAUAACUCUGAUACAUCGCAACAACAGAACUUGGAAAAUAACGUUGAAAAACCGGUCGAAUGCUCGUCUGCCUCUGCUCCAGGUCCAAAUUUUUCUGAAAGUGAAUCAAUUGAAAUGUUAACUGCCUCAAAAGGUUUAGAAUCAUCAAAAUCUGAAUCAAAACAGCAGACUUCUAUAGAUUCUAAUGUUAUAGAGGAACAGCUAGUGGAUAAUACUUUUAUAUAUGCUGACCCAGUCAACACUGAAGUCAGUAUUUGUUCCCAACCGGGUGAUAGUAAAAUAACAUCUGUUAAAGAAAUAAAUGAUAACCAAAAUGAACAAUUAAUUAAUAAUGACAAUGUUAAAUUUGAAACUGAGAUCUUAGUGGAAACAAAUGACAAUGAUGUGAAUGAGCUUGAUUUGAAUAAUGAAAUAGGUGAAGUGGGUCCACAGGAAUCUGCUAGUAAUAUUCUAACAGAACUUGGUCAAAAUCUGGAAUUGAGUGAAGCCUUGCGUUCAUCUGACAAUGCUGAAAAUGGGGAAAAUAACAACCAUUCCAUGGGGCAAGAAGUAUUCAAUAAAGAAGAGUUAUUAGACAUUUUAGAAGGCAAUGAUGUUUCACAUACUGAUCCUAUGCGAGGUGUUGCCUAUGAGAUAGAAAUCAAACAUAACAAUCCUGAUGGGAAAUCAGAAGUUCAGCUAGCUUUAGAGCAACUGUCACGUCUUAAAAAGCCAAAAAAUCGUAGAAUUAAACGUACAGAAGUUACUCCUAGAAAAAGGAAUUCAAAUAUAAAAACAGAAAUGGAUCAUAAUGUUAUUGAUACCAAUAAAGACACUGUGAAAUCAAAACAAGAGGGCGUAGUGAAAUUUAAGAAAUCAGAAAAUAAAGAAAAGCCUAAAAAAGAACCUAAAAAUGAGACCAGCAUAGUAAACAGUUUGGUUCAAGAUUGGGAUGAUGAUGAACCUGUAGAUGAUGAUACAAACAACCAAGACAACAAAGACAUUAUUAUUUCAGUUGGAACUGAGCAGCAUGUGGAAACACAGGAAUCAGUAGUGAGUCAGGAUGUAGCAGCACGAACAUCAGUAGAUUCUGUAGUAAGUGAUGGCACUGCACCUAGUAAGUCCCAUGAUGAUGGUCAACCCCAGAGAAGAUUAGGUAGAGUCAUCAAGAAGAAAGUUAUAUAUGAUCCAGAUAAUCCCGACACUUUUACUAAAAGCAAACCUACUAUUAAAAAAGAACCACAAAUUGAAGAACCUCUACAAAAGAAGGGCAAAAUUGAACAAAGGCCAAAGUCAAAAUCUCCUAUUGCAAAGCUGCAGUGGAAGAAGCCACAACCAAAAAAUAAUAAACAAAAUAAAAGAUUGUCAGAAGUUGAUAAGUUAUUGAUGGAUGAAGGCGCUGUAAAUAUGAUAUAUCAACUUACUCCAGAAGCCCCUAAGGGUAAGAAAAAUAUGAGAACCAAAGCAGAAUUUAUUAAAAAAUUACAAAGUUCUACCCCUGAGACUAAAGAAAUGAAAUUCAGAGAAAGGAAAAUUAAAUUAGAAGAAGGAGAAGCAAAGAAGAUAAUUGGAGGCAAGCAGAGGUCGUCUUUGAGUAGCUCAGUUAAGUCUCCGUCAGUUUGUGAAGACUUUGAGACUCACAGUGCUGAUGACUCCAUCAUUUAUCGGAGACACUCAUCCAGUUCUUAUUCAAGUGCAUGCAUGAGCCCGAGACGGUUAAGUGAUGUAGAAGGAAGUGGAACUCAAAACAAAUCUGCACCAAAGGAAUUGGUUGUCGAUACUGAGCAUGCCCAUACUGAUAUAAGUGGCAAUUUAUCUACAGAUGUAUUUGUACCAGAAGAGGAAAAGAGCGAAAAUAUCUCCAUGGAUAUAAUUAACAAAGAUGAUUGCUUAUCUUUAAAAGAAAAGUUGAACUCCAAGUUGUCUCUUGCAUUAAACAAACGAAAACUUGACAGUUCCAAAAUUGGCAAACCAACAAAGCAAAGAAAAGUAUCUAAAUUAAACCAAGUGGUUUCAGAAAAUGCAACAUAUACAUAUUUAUCAGUUUCGUAUGAGCUACCCUUUGUAGCUGAAAUACUUAUUCGCAAGACAGGGUCCAAAUGUGAUAUUAGGAUGUUUAAAGAACUGUAUCAUGCAUUAGAGGAGAUUGAUUCAAGGAAAGACAUAUCAGUGUCAUUGCUGAUGUCGGAGAGUGGGGCUCUGUGUUCAGAAUUAGAUUUAAGUUCAUUGGUCAAUGAUAAUGUCGAAGAACGAACCAAUUUUGCAUAUGAAUAUGCAGAAGCAAUAAGGUUGGUCCUAUUCGCGAUGGUGCAACACAGCAAGCUGCUAUGCACGGGCGUGUGGGGCCCGUGUCGCGGCGUGUCGCUGGCGCUUUUGGCGCUGAGCGACGUGUCUCUGGCGGCGGAGGAUGCUACUUUCGCGCUAGCCUCAAACGCCGAGCAGCCAGUGUUGCCAGGCGUAAUGCUGCUGUCCUCGCCGUGGCAGUCCCUGCCACAGACUUUGGUCAACGACCUGGUGAUAUUCGGGAGCUGCCUGAGCGCGCGCGAGGCGGCGCGCGGCGGGCUGGUGUCGCGCGUGCUGCUGCCGGGCCGCCGCGCGGACGUGCGCGCCGCCGUCACGGCUCUGACGCGCGCGCCGCACAAGAAUAUUUUGCUGAAGAAACGCUUGUUGAACCUUAAGAAUGUGUGCAGCAAUACAUUCCUUUCCUGCCUAAUCAAGGAGAGGGACUUGAUCAUAAACUAUUGGACUUCUGACGAGGGGCAAGAGUUACUACGCGCGACCAUUACCGCCUAAGUAGAGUAAGACAUAUUUGUUGAUAGAACCUAGGCUACGAUGACUUGAUAAGUCAUAACUUUAUAUUCACCCUCUAUUCGAUAGAGUAUGUGGAGAUAAAAUAAUAAACAUCUCUUCUCUUUAUUGACUGGUUUCUGGGUUCAAUGUGCAAGUAGGAUAAUAUUAGAUUAAUUAACAUGUAUUUUGGGUAUAUAAUGUGUAAUAAAUAAACUUCCCUACUUUACUGAUCGGUAAAAAGGAAUGUUUUGAGUGUGCGCACAAUACAAACCGUAGCGUUGAAUUAUAGCAAAAAUUUGACCUUUUGACUAUGAUAUGUGGCAAUAAGGCGGAACAUUCCUUAGACGUUAUUAUUUAUUAUAUAUUAUUUUUACAAAUUUGUUUUGUCUUUAUGGUUCUUUCAGGUAUGUUCAAUAUAACUGCAAUACAAAGCUCAUUAAUUAUUAGUAUUGUGCGCUGUAAAAAGACUGCCGUUCUUUUUACAAUUUUGAUUCACACGCUGCAGAAAAUAUAUACAAAAUUACAAUAGUAUUUUGUUGUGUUAAGUGAUUCAUCUUUUAAUAUAAGUGACGUUAAAAAAACUUAUAUGAAUUAUUAAAGUUGUUAAUACUACAACACCCAAAAUUAGAAAUAAUAGAAGUGCUGUCUGUUAAUUAUUUUUACAUAAAGACUAUUUGAAUUGAGUAAAUAUACAAAAAAAAAUGUAGCGUAAAUCUGAUUUAUCUUUUCCACUAAACAAAUAAUGACAGAUGAAUAAAACAUAGUUUUCCAUAAUUUUACCAUCUCAUGUUUUGUAAAAUGCUUGUUUUUGUGUGAAUUUUUUUUUCUAAUUAACAAUUCUUUCAAAUAUAUAUUUAUUCAGUAUCCAUUUUUAUCUAUUGAAAUAUUUUUACUCAAUUUAUAGAGACUUUGUGUAAUAGUAACACAACACUGUUGUUAUGCAUCAGUUGUUGUUACAUUUUAGUCAUAGAACAUUAUUUUAUGUUACAGAUUAAAUUGUUUAUGCGUUUGUUUUAGAUGUUUAUGAGUUUAUAAUGUCGAUUAAUGAAUUUCGAUUAAUAGCCAAAGUUCUGAAGUGCUUUGAUUAAAUCUUUUGAAGACUGGUUAAUAUCGUGCGUUUUAAGUGGGGCUGGAAAGCCGAAAGUUUACAUAUCCUUUCGUUAAAUGCUGAGACCGCCGGAAGAUGUUUCGAUACAACCAAACGACGUAAAUAUUGUUUCUGGCAUCUUGCAUCAUCAUCAAUCAUAUUGGUAUAAUGUAUUAUCUCAUUUUUUAUGUAAUAACAAUAUUCAAAAGAGUAUAAAUUAUGAACUAUCUUGGUUUGUGCAUAAAUUAAAUCUCAUAUCUCAAUCCCGAAUAACCACAAUAUCUUUGUAAUCCUGUCUUAGACUUAUUUAGAUUUUAUUCCUUCAGUUUAGUUAUUUACAUGUAAGUGUAGCAAUAAUUUAUUUCAUUCUAUUUCUUAGUUAAAAAAUAAAGUGCCUUUAAUACGAUUUCCGUAUUUAUUUGUUUACGUAUAUUAAAAAAGUAUACACUCUAACGUGUAGCUAUUUACAAUUACACACAUACAAUAAAUAAUCGUUACACAGAAUCAAUAUGACUCGUUGAAAUUUUGAGUGUGAUCGUGACUGUUAAGGAAAACUGAAAAAUUUAAUGUAAUUAUUAAGAUUUAUGUUACAUGAAGGCUAGGCUGGUUUUACAUGACGCCGUUGAGACGCGUCGUUGGCCAGCGCGUUCCAUCGGCGCGCUUGUCCGGCGGCGCGCUGUGUAACAAGUGUCGCGGUUUGGUGUAAAGUAGUAGUAGUAAGCAGCGCCGACGACGGCACGCGUCUCACGACCAGCGCGUUUAAACUGCGUCACUUUGCAACUGGGCUAUUAUCUGGUGUUAAUCCACGCGCGAGUGUGGUCAGCGCUGGAACAAGCGCGUGACUCUGAAACCAGCCGUAGUGUGUCUGUGGUGUUUUGUAGCAUUUCAGCAGUCGGUAAAAUAUAUUUUUCUAAAGAUGAAAUGUGUAAAAAAGAAAACAAAUAUUUAGGUAGAUAUCUAUUAAGUAUAUGCUUCAACGAUUUUAUGUUGCAACUCCUGAAUAUGCUACGAAAUAUCCUUAAUGCAAAGAUGUAGGUCCUGUUUUUGUUUUUCUUUACAUACAAAAACAUUAUAAUAAAAUAUGAGGCGCAUAUUAUGUGAAUAAACAUGAUUAAUUUGUGUCUAAUUAAAUGAUCGACCUUAAAA